GCAGUGAGCUGACGACAGACUGCUUGAAACUUUGCAUUUCCCAGCAGACGUCGUACUCUUGUACAAACUUGCAAUAACUUGCUAAACAAUGGCUGUAAUCCACAUUAGUCCGAAUCUACCAGCCUUCCCAAACCGGACACCAUGGAAGCACCUCUGGAUGUGAGACUAUCAUGCGAAUGCUGCCAUUACCAAUCCAGAACUAAACUGGGAAUUUUUCUCUGCUGGAGGCACAGAUUUUAGGAUGACAACUCAGUAGCCGCGAUUCAGUCGUCAAGAUGAACCCUUCCUCUCUGGACUGGUCCAUUCAGAGCGCCCUGUCGUCUCUUUUCCCUCCGUUUGAGGCUACCGCUCCUACUGUUCUCAGCCAACUCUUUCGCACCAUUGAGGAACGUUACCAUGGAGAUGCACUGCAGUGCCUGCUGAACUUCCUUAUCCCAGCCAAACAUAUCCUAGAGAGUGUGCAACAAGCAGCCUGUGCUGCAUACUCGGAUGUCCUGUUCCGGUGUGAGGGUUGGCCAUUGUGCCUGAGAGAUCGUGUGGUGAUCCAACUCGCACCCAUCAACCCUUUACUGCUCCGACCUGGAGAUUUCUACUUGCAGGUGGAACCUUUUGGAAAACAGUCAGCCCGAAUCAUCCUCAAAAGUCUUCUUGUGCAGGAAGACCUCUUGGGGCAAGAAAAUCUGGUGCUGCAAGCUGGUUCCAGGUUGCUGGAGGUUCCUGCAAUUGAGGGGACACCCAUCCCUGAGACAUCUUAUCCAUGCAUAUUCACGGAGUCUUGGCUAAGGGAAAUAAAUGAGGGACGUCAUGGAAAUCCUCUAUGUCAGUGUGUGCUUUCCUCUGAGCAGGGGGUUGUGAAGGUACCUUGGACUGAAGUUGCCAACCCAGAAUUCCUUGACAGGCCCAAAUCUAACAUCUGGCCUGAAACAAAUACAUGCUCAACUCCAACUCUCCGUGUGAAUGAUCUUAAAAUUGAGAUUUCAGAGAACGAGUCACAGUCACUGGUACCUGUAGGCCUCUUACCACUUAAGAUGGAAACUAGGAUCCUUCCAGCAAAUGAUGGGAUGGCGGUUUCUGUUCAGCUAGUGGAGGGUGGUAGCAGAUUAGUAAAGGUUGACCAGGGACAUCCAAAAAGCAGUUUCGCUGGAAAACCUGUUGGCUGGGUAUCUCCCAAUACCUGGGACAGCAGGCACAACCGAGAGCUGGAAGGAGAAUAUGUGGAUCUGAUGGAGUUCAACAAAGAGAAAGAGACUUUGGUACUCAACAAAAUAGCAAUGCCCACAAAACAACUGGGCUUCAAGUUAGUCAGGACGGCUCAACCUGCCCCAAAAAGUAAUGUUAACCUGUGUGGAGAGGACUGCAAUCCUUGUAUGCAAAACAAACCAUCUGAGAGCAUGCAAAAUUAUCCAGAAUCCAAAUGCAGGUAUAGGCAGUCUUACAUGGCAGCCCUCCGAAACCCUGUGAAUUUUGAGAGAGCAAGUAUGCUGCCUUCCCUAGAUGAAACAAGGACAGGUGUAGGGGAGGUUGAGCCAAGCUGUGAGGGACAUGGAGUUGGCCUUAGACUUAAACCUUCGAGUUGUACAUUUGGCCAGACACCAAACCAAGCAGACAGAAACCCGAUGCAAUCCUUUGAGAACUCAGUCCAACAAAAGCAAAGCCCAAAGAACUCAAGUCAUAGCAUAUCUCAUGACCGUAGUUCAAGGGAGAAUGCAGAGUCUCUUGACCAACAUAUGACCCAACAGAUCCCUAGCAUGGUCCAAGCAAGACAACAACACAAGUCAUUCCUCACUGGGCAACAGGAUCUCCAUCAGACUGCACUUGGAACUAAGGCAUUACCUGACAAAAGACACCACCGUCUGAACAACUCUUUUAGACAAGAUUCAUUUCAGAUGCGGAUUAGCGGCCACAAGCACGCCAAAGCCCAACACUUACCCAAAAUGGGACUCAGGGCUUUACCUGACCACGGUGGUAACAGACAAGAUGCUAAUCUAUGUUUGCAGGGUUUCAAUCCAAUUCAGCACGCACAGAAACAGCUAACACAGGCCUCAGAACAAAAACCUCCUCUAUUUCAGCCCCAGUGCAGUCAGAUCCUGUUCCAAAACGAGAAAAGGCCUUUGGAUUACAAAGUCCUCUGUGAUGACAGACUCAGUGCAAGAGGCCCAGGUUCACCUGUACAGGUGAUCAAAGGUAAAAACAGGUCUAAAUCCCACUCAUCCUCUUCAGUCUCAGAAAUAACCAGAGAGUGUCUGCAAUCGCACAAGCUUGCCAAUAGAAGCCGCAGUGAUGUCUAUCCAGAGAUCAUUCCCAUGUUGCCUGCUGACCAGGGAAUAAAACACACAGCUAAUUUGGUGUCCCCAAAAUUAAACAGGCAUCAAGAAGCAAGAAAGGAAGUCUACUCAUCUGGAAACCCAGCUGUUAAUGGAGUAGAGCUCCAGAAAUCACAUGCUGAUCAGCUCUUGACUGGCCAGCCUGAGAAUGGAGUUCAGGCAACUUUACAUUCCCAGGACUCCACAAUCAACAGCCUUCUCCAGCUAGGCAUCAUCUGUCUACCGGGCAGUCGUGACAGAGCUGGCCGCGCCGUGGUUGAGGUCUACGGGGGCAGGAAAGGCUGGGCGUCCUCUCAACUCUCUCCUCAAGAGUUUUGCAGACUGUUGCUUUACCUGCACUCCAUUCCCAGGAUGGAGGUCAGAGAGCUGGGACUGACCGUAGUGAUUGACAGCAGGAAGUGCCCUCUGCCUUCUGUGUUCUACAAAUCACUGCUCAUGGUUCAGGAGCAGGCCCUUCAUGCAGUGCACACUAUCUUGAUGCUUGUUGAUAAAGAUGCAAAUCCUCGACCAGAAAAACAUCUUGGUCUACAGAUAGAUGUUGCGACGUCACUAAAAUCUCUUCAUAAGACGGUUGAUGGACAGCAGUUGACCUCUGACCUUGGCGGAACCUUCCCUUACAGUCAUGAAGACUGGCUACAGUUUCACCAGAAACUUUCUCUCUUUCAACUCGACCUACAAGCAGCGUCUUCAUUACUGCAGACAGCAAUCAGGAGACUCGAUGUUAAAAAAACAGACACCGCAAAGGAUGUCCAGUCCUGCAUCCAGGAGCAGCGGAGUUCCAUGGAGAUGGUGCUUGAAGACACACGAUUGGUCGCCCUCCAAAGAGAAGGCGGGUCUAUUCUCGCCAGGAUGAGGAAGGAAGAGUCUCGAUUUGCUCAGUCUGAAGACUUCAGGGACUCUCUGGAGUAUGUGACGUGUCUGUAUAACCAGGUGGAAGAAGCUGUUCACACGCUAGUGAUGAAAUCCAACCAGUCACUGCAACAUCUCGAACAUGUUCUUCUGCUGAGAGAAACAGAGGACUCGCUCAGCACAAUCCAAAAAUGGUGUGAUGCAGAGGAACAUUCAUGGCAGAAGGACAAAGAUGACACAGAGAAAACUGAGCAGAAAAUAGAGCAGAGACUACAAGACGUUCAGUCCGUUCUUAUACAAGCCAAGGAGAAAAAAGAAAAAGGGAUGUCGUUUAUAAAGGAAGUGGAGAGGAAAAGCGAAGGAACGCACUAUCCUGAAACUGAGGCUUUUCCUUUUAACGCCACCACUUUCAAAACCAACAUGACCGGGUUUCUCUUGAAAGCUGAGGAGCGUAAAUCCGAGCUGGAGACGUCUGUCGAUCUCUAUCGUUUCUGUGAAGAGGCCUCAUCUCUUGUCAAAGAGUGUAUGGAGUAUUUAGAACACAUACAGAGCACAAACCCUCCCAUGUGUGCCUGCUUGAGUGCAUUGCAGGCUUUUGAGGAGCGUUUCAAAGACUUCUCGCCCCAGCACUUUCAGGACAAGAGCUCGGCGCUGCUGGAGAGGCACCCGAAGGGGACAUGGAUGUGGAAUGCGGUCUGGGCUCAAUGCCGAGACAUCAGACAGCGGCUCACCGAGAUACUGCAGGCCUCUUAUAGAAAUCAAACGCCUCUGGGAUCACCACAAAAGGACAGUGUGGCGGCGAAACGCGAUGAGGCCCACUUGAAAGGUCCAACCCUGAGCGUAAUUACAACUAGCCUUGGAGAAAAUGAAGGCGACCCCCGAACAAACCCUGCUGGCGGUCAUACUGAGACUCAAAAUAGUCAUGCCGGACAAGGUGAUAAUGAGACGGUGACGCAUUUCGACCUUCACUGUGAGCCUGUGAGGAGAGAAGCAUCACCGUCGUCAAACUCUGAUCCGAUAAUGACUGAAAACAUGCACGAGGAACUGCAUGUUCAGGGUCUUCAACAGUCAUUCCAGCUCAAAGAGGAAGGAAGAAGUCAAAGUGAAGGCAAAGUUUCCACAUCACACAAUGGCCGUCGGAUGUACUCUCACAGCGACAGUGAUCUCAGAAAGUCAGGCCGGCUCAAUGAGUUCAACCGUUCACCACAUUAUAAAGCCCUGGUCCGCUCACGUAGUGAAGGCUCUUGUUUGCGAUUCACCAACUAUCAUGUUUCUAUGUGGAAAACCAAUGCUGCAGUCAAGCACAAAGUCCAGACAUGUGCAGCUUCCCGUCAAGAAAGUGACUCAAGCAGAGCAUCAUGGGAUGGACAGAGCUCUAAACUGUCUCACCAGGACAGCUUCUGUUCCAGCGCUUCUGGACUGAGCCAAGGCGACAUCAAUGAGACGUUCAGCAGUGACACCGGAUCUGACCACCAGGCCUUGAUUUCACCAGCAACACAAUCAGUUAUUCUUGUCCGAACGCAGGACGAGUCCAUCUGCAGGCCUGACCGUAUGCUGGAUCACAGCUAUACUGUACUUAAACUCAAGUGCAUCAUGGAGGAGCUGCUUCAGACGGAGAGAGAGUAUGUGAGAGCGCUGGGGUACGUGGUGGAGAACUACAUGCCGGAGCUGGAGCGUCCCGACGUGCCUCAGGACCUGCGGGGACAGAGAGGAAGCAUCUUUGGGAACCUGGAGAAGCUGCGAGACUUUCACCAGCAUCACUUCCUUCAGGAGCUGGAGCUGUGUCUGAAGGAGCCCUUCUGCGUCGGACGCUGCUUCUUAAAACACAAAGAAAACUUCAGCCUGUACGCAUUAUACAGCAAGAACAAGCCUCGCUCUGAGAGACUGCUCAUCGAUCACGGGAGAGCGUUCUUUAAGCAGAAGCAGCAGCUGCUGGGUGAUAAGAUGGAUCUGUCCUCGUAUCUGCUGAAGCCGGUGCAGCGCAUCAGUAAAUACGGGCUGCUGCUGCAGGACAUGCUGCGUGAGUGUGAGACCGGAGCGCACGCGGGACACGAGCGGCUCGAGAUACAGACCGCGCUGAACAUCAUCCAGUUCCAGCUCCGCCACGGCAACAAUCUGCUCGCCAUGGACGACCUUCAGGACUGUGAUGUGAAUCUGAAGGAACAGGGCCAGCUGAUCCGUCAGGACGAGUUCCUGUUGACCUUCAGGAAGAAGAAAUGCUACCGUCACAUCUUUCUCUUCCAGGAUCUCAUACUCUUCAGCAAGACACGCAGAACCGACGUUGGGAAUGACACGUAUAUCUACAAACAAUCCUUCAAGACUUCAGACAUCGGUAUGACCCAUAAUUCUGGUGACAGCGGGCUGUGUUUUGAGAUCUGGUUUCGAAGGAGGAAGUCUCAGGACACGUACAUCCUUCAGGCACCGAGUCGAGAAGUGAAGGAGAACUGGACCAGAGACCUGGAGAGGAUCCUGUGGGAACAAGCCGUCCUCAACAGAGAGAUCCGUAUGCAGGAGAGGGUGUUCAUGGGAAUCGGACAUAAACCCUUCAUGGACAUCCAGCCCAGUGAGAUGGCCAUCAAUGACCGAGCCGUCAACUGCGCUCUGACAGGACGAGGUGGGAUUCCUGUCCUCCGGUUGAAUUCUGUCGGCUCGGCCAGCUGUGCGUCAUCCUCUGGAAGCCAUUCGUCCUCUGGCUCUGGGUGGGGAUCCACGUCUCCUGUGGGUCAUCUGAUCGGCCCUAGCGGAGGAGAUGUUGGGCGGUACGUCCACGGGAUCCUGGAGGAAGAUGAUUUAGACCAGGAGAGUGGAAACCAGAGUGCACUGGUGGAGAGUUCGGUGUCCUCAGGAGAAAGUGUUAGUUGCUUCAGCAGUUCUGGUCACAGCUGCUCGUCUGUGAUUGGUGGAGACUGUGACCACGCCUCAUUUGAGGUGAAAAAGCCAUGUGCCCAAAAACAGGAAUGCAACUUUAAACCCACUAACUUACCGAGCCAAACCAGGGACCAGCCAUGUUGUAAAGUUCAAGAGACAAGCAUCAUAGGAAAGUCAACGGAAGUAUAGCUCAUCAUACUGUAAUAGCGUCAUGCUUUUUAUGUUAUCAUACAUUAUACCUAUGGAACACUAUCAGUCCUGUGAAACUCUAAAAUAAAGUUUAUUUUAUUUAUUUAUGUCAGUGUGAGUGAGUAACAUUAGUUCAUGGAACUACCUUUUAAAUGCUAA